AUGGCGUCCUCGCAGUUGCAGUUUGCCUACCGAACCCAGAAGGGCAUCGGCCUGUUUGAUGCUGCCCCGACCUAUCAGCCUCUCGCUGGGUUCACCAAGCCCGAAGGGAACCUCCGGUGUUGUACAUACUCGCCCUGUGGCCGCUACUUUGCCUGGGCGAGCCCCGAAGUUGUUACGGUUGUCGACGCCUCCAACGGCCAGCAGGUUCUUGCCCUCCCCAUCCUCAAUGUCUACGAGCUCGGCUUUUCUCCCCUCGGUACCUUCCUCGUGACCUGGGAGCGCCCUGCCAAGGACGAGAACGGUGAUGCGACCAAGAACUUGAAGGUCUGGCGCACUGUCGAGGACGGUGUGGCCGGCGCCGACAAGGUGCCCCUGGGCAAGUACGUUCAGAAGUCUCAGGGAGGCUGGAACCUUCAGUACACAGCCGACGAGAAGUUUUGUGCCCGCCAGGUCACCAACGAAGUCCAGUUUUACGAGAGUCACGACCUGGGCACCGUGUGGAACAAGUUGAGGGUUGAGGGUGUCGCCGACUUCGCCCUGGCACCCGGCCGCUCCCACUCUGUUGCCGUCUUCAUCCCCGAGCGCAAGGGACAACCUGCCGCCGUCAAGGUCUACAACGUGCCUCAGUUCACCUCGCCCAUCUCUCAAAAGACCUUCUUCAAGGGCGACAAGGUCCAGCUCAAGUGGAACAACCUGGGCACCAGCAUCCUUGUGCUGGCCCAGACCGACGUCGACAAGUCCAACAAGAGCUACUACGGCGAGACUACGCUCUACCUGCUGAGCGUCAACGGCUCCUUCGACGCCCGCGUCAGUCUCGACAAGGAGGGCCCCAUCCACGACGUGACCUGGUCCCCGAACUCCAAGGAGUUCGGUGUUGUUUACGGAUACAUGCCCGCCAAGACCACCAUCUUCAACCACCGAGCCGUCGCUACCCACUCGUUCCCCCUGGGCCCUCGCAACACCAUCAUCUUUUCGCCCACGGGACGCUUCGCCCUCGUUGCUGGUUUCGGUAAUCUGGCUGGCCAGAUCGACGUCUAUGACCUCGAGAAGGAUUUCCGCAAGCUGCACACCAUUGAGAGUGGGAACCCCAGCGUCUGCACGUGGAGCCCCGACAGCCGUUACAUCAUCACGGCCACCACUUCUCCUCGCCUUCGCGUCGACAAUGGCGUCAAGAUCUGGCACGCCAGCGGUCCCCUGAUGUACAAUGAGGACAUGGUUGAGCUGUACCACGUUGUUUGGAGGCCUCAAGCCGUGGACAAGGUUGCGGGCGGAGAUCCGUUGAACCCGGUCCCCACCCCGCACGCCUCUGCGGCCACGUACCUCGGCACUGUCAAGACCCCAAGCAAGCCUGCGGGAGCUUACCGUCCCCCUGGUGCCCGCGGUCUUGCCACCCCGCUUCAUUUCAAGCGUGAGGAUGAGGGUGGUGCAGCCCACGUCAGCAUGAACAACGGCUCUGCGGCCAUCGGACCUAAUGGGUUCGGCCGCCCUCGCCGUGGUGUGCCUGGCGCCGAGUUUGCAGGUGCCUCCGGCGGCGCUUCCAAGAUCCCCGGAGCCGACACCGCCGAUGGCGAUGAGAAUUUGUCAAAGGCGGCGUUGAAGAACAAGAAGAAGCGCAACAACAAGAAGAGAGAGGGCGAGGCGAACCCCGAAGGCCAGAACGGCGGCGGUGCUUCGCUCGCCCCGCCUCCUCGCGACUUCGGCUCGGGAGCGGGCCACGAGGGCCGUAGCCCCGAGCGCCGUGGCGGUGCCGGAGGUAAUCACAGACAUCGCAGCCACUCUCGUAACCCGGGUGCCGGUCAGUCCCGUAACAGGAGCAACACGCACCGGGGUCAGAAUGGCGCGCCUCAGGUGCCGAACGCGCAAGCCCAGCAGGCCGUGCCGGCGGCCGGCGCUGAUGCCGACGCCUCGCAAAACCCGAAUUCCAAGAAGAUCCGCAGCCUGCAGAAGAAGGUGCGGGCCAUUGAGGAUCUCGAGAUGAGACUGGCCGGUGGCGAGAAGCUCGAGGACACCCAGAUGAAGAAGAUUGGCACCAAGUCCUCUGUGCUCAAGGAGCUGGAGGCUCUCGAGAGAGAGCUGUAG